AUGUCCAUCCCCUCCCUUGAACCAACUCUGGAAAGCUUUGAGUAUGAUGAGGAUGCUGAAGCCUGUUAUGAGGGUGACAUUGUGGACUUUGGGACUGUCUUCCUGCCCAUAUUCUACUCGUUUGUCUUCGCCUUUGGCCUGGUGGGAAAUUUGCUGGUGGUAUUUGCCCUCACCCACAGCCGGAAGCCCAGGAGCAUUACUGACAUUUAUCUCCUCAACCUGGCUUUGUCUGACCUGCUCUUUGUAGCCACCUUGCCCUUCUGGAUUCACUAUGUGAUAAGUGACCAAGGCUUCAACAAUGCUGUGUGCAAACUCAUUACAGCCUUCUUCUUCAUUGGCUUUUUUGGGGGCAUAUUCUUCAUCACUGUCAUCAGUAUAGAUAGGUACCUGGCCAUUGUCCUGGCCGCUAACUCCAUGAACAACAGGACCGUGCAGCAUGGUGUCACCAUCAGCCUUGGUGUCUGGGCAGCAGCUAUUCUGGUGGCAGCACCCCAGUUCAUGUUCACAAAGCAGAAAGAAGGCGAAUGUCUUGGUGACUACCCUGAGGUCCUUGAGGAAAUCUGGCCUGUGCUUCGCAACGUGGAAGCCAAUGUUUUUGGCUUCCUGCUCCCCCUGCUUGUUAUGAGUUACUGCUACUUCAGAAUCAUCUGCACACUGUUUUCCUGCAAGAACCACAAGAAAGCUAAAGCCAUUAAACUGGUCUUUCUGGUAGUGAUUGUGUUUUUCUUGUUCUGGACACCCUACAAUGUCAUGAUUUUCCUAGAGACACUCAAACUCUACCACUUCUUUCCCAGCUGUGACAUGAAGAGGGACCUGAGAUUGGCCCUCAGUGUGACCGAGACGAUUGCAUUUAGCCACUGUUGCCUCAAUCCCCUGAUCUAUGCAUUUGCUGGAGAGAAGUUCAGAAGAUACCUUUACCACCUGUACAGGAAAUGCCUGGCUGUCCUGUGCGGCCGUUCGGUCCAUGUCAGUCUCUCCCCGUCAGAAUCACAAACAAGCCGUCGAGAAAGUGUUCUGAGCAGCAACUUCACUCACUACACGAAUGAUGGAGAUACAUCCAUCCACCUCUGA